UAAAAAAGAAAAAAGGAUAUCCGCAUAUCCGUCGUCUUCCUCAACAUCCAAACUUGCCCAGAAACACCAUCUCUGAGUCUCUCCGCAAUGAGUCUGUUCUGCAAUUCGAUCGAGACCCUCUACCCAAAACCCAGUCUCCUCCACAAACCCCACUUCUUUUCCCUCCCCGAUACAAACCCAAGCUUCGCCGGAUUCCCUCGCCGUCGUCUCCGCCAACAACCCCCGAUCAUCAAAUCAUGCCUCAAACCCGCGUCCUCCUCCGAAAUCGACAUGGUGAGGAACAAAGAAGGCAUCUUCGCCCCAAAGGAGAAGAAAGUAGUCGUCUUGUGGGACCUCGACAACAAACCCCCACGCGGCCCGCCUUACGAGGCCGCGACGGCCCUCCGUCGCGUCGCCGAGAAGCUCGGCCGAGUCGUGGAGAUCUCCGCGUACGCGAACCGCCACGCCUUCAUCCACCUGCCACACUGGGUCGUCGAGGAGCGGCGCUCGAGGAGGAGCCUCGACUUCGCGGAGAGGAAAGGAGAAGUGGUCCCGGCGGAGCCGUACGUCUGCGGGGUGUGCGGGAGAAAGUGUAAAACGAAUCUCGACCUGAAGAAGCAUUUCAAGCAGCUACACGAGAGGGAGAGGCAGAAGAAGGUGAACCGUAUGAGGUCGUUGAAAGGGAAGAAGCGGAAGAAGUUUAAGGAGCGGUACGUCUCUGGGAACGAGAAGUACAACGAGGCGGCGAGGAGGCUGCUGACGCCGAAGGUUGGGUACGGGCUGGAGGCGGAGCUGAGGAGAGCGGGGGUUUAUGUUAAGACGGUGGAGGAUAAGCCGCAGGCGGCGGAUUGGGCGGUGAAGAGGCAGAUACAGCAUUCGAUGACGCGUGGGAUUGAUUGGUUGGUUUUGGUGUCGGAUGAUAAGGAUUUUUCUGAUAUGCUGAGGAAGGCGAGGGAGGCUGAUCUCGGGACGGUUGUGGUGAGUGAUAGGGAUGGUGUGUUGGGACGGCAGGCUGAUUUGUGGGUGCCUUGGAUGGGGGUGGAGAAUGGGGAGAUUGGGGAGAAGGAUUUGGUGCCGGAGAAGAGACGGCGGUUUGAUGAUGAUGAGGAGGUGGAGGUGGAGAGGGAGGGGGAUGGGUUGUUUUCGUUGUCGUAUGAUGAGGAUGAGAGGGGGGAGAUGAGGGUGGAGAGCGAUGGGUUUGGGAGGUCUAGUGUGUCUGCGUUUUCGGAAGAUGAGUGGGUGGAGGAGGACGAGGGAGACUUUGCGUUGAGUGAUAGUGAUGAUGAUGAUAGUGACGAUGAGCUCGGCUUCUGAGUUUUAGGUGUGGAUGUUUCAGUCGGUUUUGGUCAAACCGGAAAUUCGAGUUGAAACAUCUGAAAUCAAGAGUAUAACCAAUCUUUUGCGUAAGCAAAGAUAUUGUGCGUUUGUGAAGGAAAGCCAUGAGCAUGAGAAUUCAAGUUAACAUUGUUGGAUGAGUUGCUUUCUGAAACUAACGGUUUAUCUCUGGUUGGUUGGUUGGUUGUUGUAAGUUAUGGGAUCUAGGGUUUUGUUUUGGUAUAGUGCUGGUAUAAAGCUGAGUGACCCAUUCUUUCACAGCUCAACUGGUGAACAAUCAGAGAUUUAACUCAUAUCCAUGAUGUGGUCAAAAGUCAUAAUAUUCGUAUCAAAGAAAGUUAACAGAA